UCACGUGAUUGGGUCGAGCAUCUUUUUUUGGUCCAUUUUGGAUGAUAGCAAGAGCUCCGUGCAACCCAAGAAAAUGACCAAGCUGCAGUUUUUAAACGUAUUUUUGACUGAGCGUCUCAUGCUUGCUGCGCAGGAGAUCUACAAAUCUGUCGAGGACACGAUUUUGGAGUACCAGGAGGAGAUAGCGAUCAGAGAGCGGGAGAACGACCAUCUGAGACGCAGGCUGCGAGACGCUGGGAUUGAAAUAUGGCCAGAUCGUCCAUCCAUGGCGCUGUUGGACGAGGAGGAUGGUGAGCAUCCACGACGUGAGUGGAGUCCCAGCAUGGGGCACGAAGAACGUAUCCCUAUUCAGAUUAAGGAUAAAAGAGAUCUCCGGCCCAACCAAGGAGAUGAUCAGCUUCGCAGUCACGGCUCUUGCAGCACACCAGAGAACAUGUUCACUCCCCCGCGUGUUGCAAAUGAAUAUCCCCAGGACGGUCCCCACACAUCCAACCUCCCCCAGAGUCAAGGUGUGGAGAACAGGGAGAGGGAUCCUGGUUCUCGAGGCUCCUCAAGGCAUGUGAAGGUGGAGAGUGGGGGAGGCCACAGAGGCUCUACUUCUUCCAACAGCGGCGCUCAGCCCCUCGCGCCUGUCAACCCAAACUGCUCAAAUGAGAACAACAUUGACAUUAUUGGGGUUGAGAAUGGAGGACAGAUGGUUGGUGCUAAGGGAACUGGAACCGGAGCUAACAGAGGACAGGCCUCACACAUGCGCAACCAAGGAGCCAAUGCCGUGGACUGCCCCCAUCAAAAAUCACCCCUACAAGGCCACAUGUCAUCCUUUUGCUGCAAGGUCUGCGGUGAGGCGUUUAGUCACAUUGGCCACCUGCAUGUGCAUGUACAAGUGCACACUCGAGAAAAACCUUACCGCUGCGGAGUAUGCGGGAAGUGCUGCAGCUCCUCUGGCAGACUCCAGGAGCACCAGCGUAGCCACACGGGAGAAAAACCCUUCCGCUGCCAGAUUUGUGGAAAGGGCUUCACACAGAUGGCUCACCUGAAGGUACACAUGAGGAUCCAUACUGGAGAGAAGCCAUACAGUUGCCCUGUGUGUGGCAAAUGCUUCAGCCGUUCUGACAAAAUCAAAAGGCAUCUCCAGACACAUAGCCGCGAGGGAACAUAUUUCUCAGGGCAAUGAUGCAAGUUUUUAAACAACCCAGUUUGUGAAUCUUAUUGAUGUGGGGAAACUUUCCUACAAAAGCUACAAUUGCUGCCAUUAGGACACUUUUUUUCUACUUUCCAAGAACUAGGGUUUCUGCAACUCUUGGUGAAAGUUUCUUAUCUAACCUAAUACUACUUCACGCCAUAGUCCUUCAAUAGAAUUUGUAUUAGCCAGCUUAGUAUGUCAUUUACCUAAUUUUGUACUUGACUUGUACACCGAGUAUUAAAUCUCAAAGACACAAUUUGAGUUAUUAGCCUUGAGUUGUUAGCCUUUCUGAAUUAUCUAGCCUUUCCUUAGUCAUAUUAAUAGCAUGAUAAAGUCUUCCACACAUGCCUUGAAACUGAGGUGCAUUAAGAAAAUGCAACAAUGUUCAGCACGGUCACGGUAUCCAGUCACGUCAUAUCCAUAAGUUUACACUUCUGCAGACAUGACAAUUAUCUUGUAAAGAAGAGUCUGUGUAAGCGUGACAUUUUCUCAGUUAUUUAGAGAAUUGACGGUCUGACAAAUGAAGCCUGUUCGUCAUCAUCAUCAAACAAAAAGCUACUGAAAUGCCCCGUAAACAGAAGUCUGACCUGGCACUUAUUUCCAUUUUAGUCUUUAUUUAAACCUCCUUUUUCUUCUGAGUGCUGUUACAUUGUUGCCUAGCUAAAUACUGCCAUCUCACAUGUCAGUGCUUCAUGUUGUCCGUUUGAAAUAUGGACAAAUCUAUUGUGAGACUGCGCCACUAUUUUGUGAAAUAAUGUGAUAAUCUGUAAAAUACCACUAGUCUCACUCUACCAUGCGUAUAGGAAUUGUGUGGUGUCUUUUCAAAUUUUUUUUAUUUAUGACAUGCACUAUGGCUUCUGUCUAAGAUGAUGCAGAAAUUCACUCAAAAAUAGGGCCGUACAGUAUUAUCUGAACCUGUCUGCUUUUUCAGGGGUCUCAGUCUGCAAAGAUUUGUGUGUGCUUUACUUUCCACCACAGUAGUCAUUCACAUGUGAGGUGUUUCCUGAGUGGCCUCAGUUGUGGUUGAUUUUCAGAAGCGAUGGUUGAUUUCUCAUGGAGUCAUAUACAUACUUCCUCUGCCCAUCUCUGACUGACCCCCCUGAACAGUAGACUCUACAGUUACCUUUAACCUCUCAGGACCAAUGCUGCAUUCAUUACACGAGGGCAUACCAGAAAUACUAAUGUCUGACUUGAAACUGCUAUUAUAAAAGUCAGAAACUCAGGUUUCCCGUGGAAUUUGACCCUGCUGGUUGCAGGAAUAAAUAUGAUUAAAAAAAAAAAUAAUAAUACCAAUUUGCAUAUGCAUGUCCUGCAAAACGAUAAACUGAAUAAAAUAUACCUUCAGAGUGUGUCAAAGCUCAGUUGUUGCUUUUGGAUGAACACCAGCGAACCCUGCAUGUGUGAUGAAUGCAGCACGAGACAACUACAGCACGUCCUCGCAGCUGACCAGCAACCCUUCACUCACAGUCUUCACUGGGGCAGCUUUGCGCCUCCUGCACACACACUCUACUGUACAGUGUUGUAUCAUUGCGUAUUAAAUGUUAUUUUUUAAUAAAGUAGUAAUUGAGUAUC